GCGUCAGAUCCGGGCCUGCGGAAGGAUGAAUGUAAAUGUCAAAGAUGGCGGCGGAGGGAGGAGGGAAGGAGAUGAACGAGAUCAAGAGUCAGUUCAGCACGCGGGAAGGCGCGUAUAAACUCCUCACACACUCCGAGUACAGUCGCCCGAACCGUGUGCCCUUCAACUCGCAGGGCUCGAACCCCGUCCGGGUCUCGUUCGUCAACGUCAAUGACCAGUCCGGGAACGGCGACCGAAUCUGCUUCAAUGUGGGCCGGGAGCUGUACUUCUACAUCUACAAAGGCGUCAGGAAGGCUGCUGACCUGAGCAAACCCAUCGAUAAGAGGAUCUACAAGGGGACGCAGCCGACGUGCCACGACUUCAACCACCUGACGGCCACGGCGGAGAGCGUGUCGCUGCUCGUGGGCUUCUCUGCGGGACAGGUGCAGCUCAUCGACCCCAUCAAGAAGGAGACCAGCAAGCUCUUCAACGAGGAGAGACUAAUUGACAAAUCCCGCGUGACGUGUGUGAAGUGGGUCCCGGGCUCCGAGAGCCUGUUCCUGGUGGCCCACUCCAGCGGGAGCAUGUACCUGUAUAACGUGGAGCACACCUGCGGCACCACGGCCCCGCACUACCAGCUGCUGAAGCAGGGCGAGAGCUACGCCGUGCACACCUGCAAGAGCAAGUCCACGCGCAACCCGCUGCUCAAGUGGACCGUGGGCGACGGCGCGCUCAACGAGUUCGCCUUCUCGCCCGACGGGAAGUUCCUGGCCUGCGUGAGCCAGGACGGCUUCCUGCGCGUCUUCAACUUCGACGCGGUGGAGCUGCACGGGAACAUGAAGAGCUACUUCGGCGGGCUCCUGUGUGUGUGCUGGAGCCCCGACGGCAAGUACAUCGUGGCCGGCGGCGAGGACGACCUGGUGACCGUGUGGUCGUUCGUGGACUGCCGAGUGAUCGCGCGAGGACACGGGCACAAGUCGUGGGUUAGCGUGGUGGCGUUCGACCACUACACCACUAGCGUUGAGGAGAGCGACCCCAUGGAGUUCAGCGGCAGCGACGAGGACUUCCAGGACCAGAUCCACUUCGGGCGCGAUCGAGCUAACAGCACGCAGUCGCGCCUCUCGAAACGCAACUCCACGGACAGCCGGCCGGUUAGCGUGACGUACCGCUUCGGCUCCGUGGGCCAGGACACGCAGCUCUGCCUGUGGGACCUGACGGAGGACAUCUUGUUCCCGCACCUCCCGCUGUCCCGAACGCGAACGCACACCAACGUCAUGAAUGCGAGCGGCCCGCCGGCGGGAGGAAGCGUUAGCGGCGCCGUGAUCCCGACCGCUAGCAACCCCAGCGCUAACGGCAGCAACAGCAGCGCCGCUAACACGCCGGCUAACUCGCUGCCCGCGCCACUGCCGCGCUCCAACAGUCUCCCGCACGCGGCCGCCGGCUCCGGCUCCAAGAGCGCCGCGACCGAGAACCCCGUCGCUACCGGCGUUAGCAAGUUCGCCACGCUCUCGCUGCACGACCGUAAAGACCGGCACCCCGAGAAAGACCACAAGCGAAACCACAGCAUGGGCCACAUCAGCAGCAAGAGCAGCGACAAACUCAACCUGCUCACCAAAACCAAAACGGACCCUGCCAAGACUCUGGGCACGACGCUGUGCCCGCGCAUGGAGGACGUGCCGCUGCUCGAGCCGCUAGUCUGCAAGAAGAUCGCGCACGAGAGACUCACCGUGCUCAUCUUUCUAGAAGACUGUAUUGUCACCGCGUGUCAGGAGGGGUUUAUUUGCACAUGGGCGAGACCCGGCAAAGUGGGUUUAUUGUCGUCCCAGAACCAGGCCAACUCUCCGAGUGGAACCGUAGUAUAGCCCAGAGUUCCUGCGGCUCCGAGAUCUCUCCCGGUCCCCCGGUCCCCCGCUCUG